AUGAAUACCAACAUUAAACAAAUUAAUAUGCAUCUUAGCAACCACAAAUUGGAGGCGUACGAUAGAAACUUUAAUUUUGAAUUUGUGGCAGUAGACAAUGAAAAUACUGCACCAAAAAUGUGUUUGUUACCUCCAGAAACUAUUAAAGAUGUGCAAGGUGGAAUAAAGUUGAACAUUGAACAGUGUAAAUGUGCUGCAGGAGAAGGUACACAAUCACAUUGUAAGCAUAUAACUGCAGUAAUAUUAACAAUAGCAAUGUUUUGUGAAAGAAAAGUUUUAUGGAUUGAAGAAGCAUGCACAACACAGUUGCAAACUUUUCACCAAUCCAAAAGUAAAUUUAAUGGAUCUCCGAUUAAUGCCCGUGAACUAUCAAUCCUAGGUAACUCAAACAAUAAUGACACCCGCUUUCAACAUAGUGAGGACAAGCGGUACAAAGAGUAUUUUAUAAAUUUGUGUAUUGACUUUGGUGAGUACACGAUGUCCAUACUUCAGCUAUAUGAACCAGCAAAUCCAUAA